AUGCCGCUUGAAGAGACCAUAUGUCUAUCACGACCGCUCUGGCAUUCUUCCAGCUCUCAAAUCAACUGCCCCAUAUUGUUUUUCAAACCUGGCAAUGCGAACAUUGCGACGAUAACGAGUGGCAUUUCAGAGAUCACGACUAUCGCUGAGAACACGGAAGCUGCAGCAUAG